AUGAAGAACAUCAGCAACACGAGGGUAACUGGGACUCUCUUUCCUGUUUACUUCGUUCCAGAGUGAAUUAAAAGGGAUGUCGAGGAGGGUGAGGGUGUUUCGUUUGUUUGUUUUGUUUUUUGGAGGGGCUUGGCUUGGGGACGAAUUCAAGCCCCGACCCUGGGACUGUGAGAAAAUCAAAAGCAUUUUUGCGCCUAAGUGCGCGCGCCCCUCGGAAGCGGAGAGAGGUCAGCCCGGCAGUCCCUUGGCUUUUGCUUUCGCCAGCUUUGCUCGGCGGUGGAAGGACUGCGAAAGAGCAGCAGAGCAGCCAGCAGGUGUGAAAGAGACAGAGAGCGCACACCUUUGGGCUUUGCAAUUUCGCGCACAAACACGCACGUGCCCACGCACGCAAAUAUUUUGUCAACCUCCCUCAGUGAUGACACCGCCCCCCCCCCGCCCUACGCCUCUGGCCCCUCCGCCCCCCACAUUUCCACCCCUUCUCUAGCAGCUUAUAUAAAUCUGAAAGCUGUGCAAGGCUGCCGACAGAGGGGUUCCGAAAUUGAAAGGAUAGGGAGCAAAAGUUGCUCGCUCGCGUUUUCGAGCGGACAGACGUCAGGGAAUCCGGUGAGAGCCUUUUGCAAAAAUCCCCCUCGUCGGGACCCGCUUCGUUCCUCUUCCUCGCUCCCCUUGAAAGCUACCGUCCUCCCCGUCCUCGGCAUCUCUUACUCUGCAACGAAGUAAACAGGAAAGAGAGUCCCCGUUGCCCUCGUGUUGCUGCUUUCUGCCAACGCGUAGGGGAAAGCUGCAAAUGGGGCUUUUUUGCGCAGGAAAAAGCUGUUUCCAGAGGCGCUUUUGCUGCGGGCGAACGGGAGGGGCGCGCGAAGGCGCGCAAGGCAACGCAGCCGCGGAAGGUCGCGGUCCCUCCGGACUCUCCUCGGUGGAGGCGGCCCGCCUUCUUCUCCACAGCUAGCAGGGCUUGAAAUCGUCCCCCAGCCAACCCCCCCCCCAAAAAAACCCCCCACCAAAGCUAAAAUAAAUGGUUUGAGAAAAUUAGCUUCAUACUUCUAUUUUAAACAAUCAGUUUGUUGGCACCUACUGCCUUAGACAUUCAUCUGACAAUGACAGAAUCACAUCCACAACUGCACUCUCUAAGGGUCCCUAGUUUUUAAAUUGACUGCAUCUAUUUCUGCUUUUUGUACACUAAGCCACUCAUUUAUAUCUGUUAUCGUGCAUUACACUCUUUUUCACUUUCUCCUGCUAGAAUCCCAACUCAGACAUACAGAACUGUUGGUCAGACAUCUGCUCAGUGGACUUUCGUUAUGAAAAACAAGUCAUCACAGGCAUUAAUUAUCCCCGUUAACCUUGGCUCCAUUCAGAUGUCACCCUAAAUCCUAGUUUACCAGGGCUUGCCAGUGUGGCUGCAGGUGCUAGCAUGCCCACUGGUACCACCUCUGGUGCCCGUGUAAGGUCUUGAUAAAUAUCCAUGAUGCAUGAGACAUUUGCCCUUCCUCCUCAGUUCUUGUUUGCAUUGGCUCAGCGUCGCUACGUUGUACCUACAUUUGGUGACUGGUGCCCAUGGCACUUUCUCAGAUCCCGAAGGUACCCACUGGCGCCAAACCCUUGACCUAUCACUUGCAUAAUAAAGAUUAAAUGCUAUGUGUAGGUUUCAGUGUUCCGUACGAUUCAUUAUAUGUUUGAAAGAUGACGUUUAACGCCUUCCUUUUCCUUAACUUUGUUGUAGGUGCCGCCAUUCCUAGAGACAUGGCUCCUAUGUAUGUUGCUCCUAUGUAUAACACAGGCAACAUAUCUGGCUAUGAAGGCACAACCGCUGCAGGCAAGUACAAAUACAAGCGAUGUAAGGCCUUGUCAGCAUCUCACACCUGCGCUCCGAGAUCUGCACUGGUUGCUGUUCCGCUACCUGGCCAAGUUCAAGUGUUGCUAUUAGUAUAUAAAGCCCUUAAAAUUUGGGACAUAGCUGUCAACAUUUCCCUUUUCUUAAGGGAAAUUCCCUUAUUCUGAAUAGGAUUCCUCACAAGAAAAGGGAAAAGUUGACAGCUAUGAUUUGGGACCAGUUUACCCACGUGUGCCCACUGUAUGAAUGUUCCAAUCCAUUAUUGCCAAGGAGAACUUUCUUUUAGCAUGUUGCUCGUGAGACCUGAGAACAUUCACAAUUGCUUAUCCUGCUGUUCUUACCCAAACACCAUUUCUUUACAGGAGGAAAACAUUGCCCACCUCCACCUAACUUGAUUCCUAGACAUGGAAAUGGGCAACAGCCGCCCCAGAGAACGUGGAAGUAAGUGGAUACUGUUAUGCAUUCUGUUGUGGACCUCCUUCUCAGGGUCACAUGACAGUGGUGUGGGUGGGGCCAGAGGCAAAAAUGGACCAAGCAGGGCAGAUUUCACCUUUGUUUGGUAGGCUAGUUUCCACAGACACUCACGCAUCUCUCCCCAGCCUCCAUUCAGAAAUUCACGAGGUGUUUUCAGACUUCAAAGACAUAUUCUAACCAGGCCUGGGGAGAGUUGUGAGGGCCAGAAAAAAGAGAUAUGGUGUGCAUAUUUGGUUCUUGACCCUGAGGUCCCGGACCCCCAGACAUAGAGGACCAUGGGAAGUUUGGGUGGUCAAUUUUGCUUAUCCCUCCUUUUGGUCCUUUCCUACAGCGUUCCUGCCAUUACUGAAGAUGAAGCCAAAGAAGCUUUUAUCCAGUACGCUUCCAGCAAGUGCUGCUACAGCACAGACCCAGCCAAAGAGAUGGUGUUUAAUGACCUACAGUUAUUCAAUACCUACAGAGUAAGCAGUAUAUAUUGGUAAUAGUAUAGCUAUGCAGGAGCAGCUGGUAUGGUGGAGGCAGAGGCAUUGUCAAUCCAACACACCUGCCCCAACCACACCACCACCUUGCCCCAGUGCCAUCCAGGUAAGCGGCAGUGACGCUGGUGUUGGGAAGGUGGUUCUGCGCUUCUUCCCAACUACAGCACACCAGCCACUGCCGCUGCCAUUUAUUUAUUUUGAUUACUAUGUUUAUAUUCUUAAUGGUUAGCUGCCUUGAGUGUGGAAGGUCCUUUCAAAGAAUCAACAAACAAGAAAUGGUAUCAUUCAUUCCUAACCCCAGAUCUUACUGUGCUGUCUGCAGUGACGUAGCUAAGUGUGUAUGUGAAAAUUAGGGAUACUUCAUAAAGGGCAUUUAACUACCAAUGCAAACUGAUGGCAGUGCCCCUUUUGCCUAAAUUAUGAGGUGCCCACUUGGACCGAGGAAGUAAUAGAGCGCUUGAAGUUAUUCCGUGGUGCUGUUGUGCAGCAGAAGGUUGUGUUUGUUUAAGGCACAUAAAGGAAAAAUAAUAAAGAGAAAGAAUUUUGCAAAUUGAAUUUUCCCUUUGGCCACUGCAUGGGUCACUACUUCAACCAGAGUUGGGCGACCUGUUGUCCUCGAGAUGUUGAUGGACUCCAGCUUCCAUCCAUCAUCUUUGACCAUCAGCUGUGUUGGCUGGAGCUGAAUAGGAAUUCAGAAACACCUGGAGGGCUGCAAGUUCCUCAUCCCUGGCCUAACCUGUCUGAAAAGACAGAAAUUUUACAGAGUUCACUAGGCAUGGAAUCAAGUCCUUUCUCCAGAGUCACAUCGGAGCUGGCAGGUGAUUCUGAAGGAUAACUCACAUUUCUGGUUCUUUUUGGGAUUGUUACCUUCAUGAAUGUUUCUGAACUUUUUAAUCUAGUACCAACAUCGCUGGAUAUCUUGCCCAUCUCAAAGCAAUGCUUUUGCUAGCAUGAACAUUUCUAUGCAUUAACAUUUCUAUGCACUGUUCAAAAUUGAUACACAUUUAUGGAUUUAUUUUCAUUAGCUUUCGCCACUUACUUUUUCAGUACCGGCUGUUCUUUUAUAUUAGCAUGAACACUUGUAGGUGGGGACAUUCUAUUUUUUAGUAUAUAUAACCAUUUUGAAUUGAUGCAUAAGAGAUGCAUUUUACUUGUUCUGUUUUGUAGUCUUCUGGCGGUUGCUUUGUGUUGCUUCCCUGCAUAUUUGCCCUAAGCCAAUUUUAAAAGUCUGCUGACUAUUUCUUAAUUGGCAGUGAAGUGUUUAAUUCUUGAAAGUUGUUUCUUAGUAUAAACUGGAGACCUUCACUGAAUCAAGAUUCUCUGAAUAUAAGGCGGAACCUUAUGGGGGUAAGUGCUGCUAUGCUAGUCUACAAUCCAGCCCAACUUAG